AUGAUCAUUUACAAGGACAUUAUCUCUGGCGACGAGCUGCUAUCUGACGCUUACGACUUGAAACUUGUCGACGGUGUCAUCUACGAAGCCGACUGUGACAUGGUCAAAGUCGGUGGUGACAACAUCGACAUCGGUGCCAACCCAUCUGCCGAAGGUGGUGACGAAGACGGUGCUGAAGACGGUUCUGAGGUUGUUAACAACGUUGUGCACUCUUUCCGUCUACAACAGACCGCUUUCGACAAGAAGUCAUUCCUUACGUACAUAAAGGGCUACAUGAAGGAAAUCAAGAACAAGCUGCAAGAGACGAACCCAGACGAAAUCGCUACUUUUGAGAAGGGUGCCCAGACCUACGUCAAGAAAGUCAUUGGUUCUUUCAAGGACUGGGAAUUCUUCACCGGUGAGUCCAUGGACCCAGACGGAAUGCUUGUGUUGUUGAACUACCGUGAGGACGGUACGACUCCCUUCGUUGCCAUCUGGAAGCACGGUGUCGACGCGGAGAAGAUCUAA